UUUUCUGGCUCAUAUGAGUCAUUGCUUGUAUCUUAACCAAGAUUUCUAUUUUCUUCUGUGCUGAAAAUGGCUACCAUCUUUGGCUCUCCACCAUUUCUCUCCCACCCCCUCACAAAAUCUCACUUCUCUUCGUCAUCACAAACACCUCCUCCUCCUACCCCCCCAACUCCGCCUUCCCAACCAUCUCCACAGCUAAGUACAACUUCAUCAGAGCAGCAAGCUCCAGCCACAGUUCAAGUUCAAAAACAGAAACCCACUAAACGCUCCACUUCUGCAACCACGGCUGAAUCCACGGACUGGAUAGCUUCCACCUUAACCAGGCGGUUCGGGCUUGGUGCAGGCCUUGCAUGGGCUGCUUUCCUUGCUGUUGGUGUAAUCUCGGAGCAGAUUAAGACUCGCCUCGAAGUCUCCCAACAAGAAGCAGAAACUAGAAAUGUUGAGAAGGAAGAGGAGGUGGUCUUGCCUAAUGGCAUAAGGUAUUACGAGUUGAUAGUUGGCGGCGGGGCUUCUCCGAGGCCAGGAGACUUGGUUGUGAUUGAUCUCAAGGGAAAGGUAGAGGGCAGUGGAGAAGUGUUUGUGGAUACAUUUGGUGGUGAAAAGAAGCCAUUGGCUCUUGUGAUGGGAUCCAGGCCAUAUAGCAAGGGAGUGUGUGAAGGAAUAGAAUAUGUUCUAAGAUCUAUGAAGGCAGGGGGGAAAAGGAGAGUGAUAAUUCCUCCAAGUUUGGGGUUUAGGGAGAAUGGAGCAGAGUUAGGUUCUGGUGUGCAGAUUCCCCCAUUUGCAACUCUUGAGUACAUUGUAGAGGUUGAAAAAGUCUCCAUUGCACCGGCUUGAUUUCAACAUCAUCAUUGUGAGAUUAUGGCUUAGUUUAAAUGAUUUUUGUUGUUCUUUCUUGUUUAUAAUACCCACUUGGAUCAUUGUUUAUCUUUUCCUCUUGGCUUCACUAGGUUUAAAUUAAACCUACCAAUAAACACAAUAAUUUUUUUUUUCUA